AUGGGUCGCCCGAAGCCUAUUGCAGUAGAUCUUUUAGCCAACUUACCUGCCGAUGUUGAUGCUGUUCCAGCUCAAUCCAUGCCCCCACCAAAGCCCAAAAGAAUCAAAAAGGCUCAACCCAAGGCCAAAGCCGCUGAGGUUGAGGCUGAGGAUGCUCUGCCCAUCUCUCAAUUGGCCGAGAAUAGAAAGAGUACCUCUACUUCUACCAAGAGGUCUGCUGAGGCCCAACCGUCAGGAUCCACUCAAUCAAAGAAGCCGAGGUCAUCGUCUACGACGACCUCGGGUUCCAAGAAAGCCGAUGUCCCCUGGGCCCCAAAGUUGACUUUGGAGGAUAGGCCAAUUAUGUCAACUGAGAGUGCCGACGACAUUAAUGCCGAGGUUGUCACUAAGGCCCAACAGAUGGCCGAAGAAAAAGCGGAGUCUGCUGAAGCCAUCAAAAAAGUUGCCGAGGCCGAGAAGAAAGAUGCCGAGGUAAAAAAGGCUCAAGCCGAAAAAGAGCUCGAGCAGGCCCUGGCCUCUAAAAACACCGAAAUUACUGAAGCCGAUGAAAAAGCUUACGCCCAAGGAAUGGCCGAUGUUGCUGAGGACUACAAACUGCAGGUUAGGCAGGCAUGCAACAGGGGCUUUUCCCUUGGCUGGAUGUCCUUGGCCAAAAAGCUCAAUGUUCCUGAAGAUUCUUCUCUGCACAAGGCUGAAGCUAUUCCUCUGCCAUUCCCUCCUCCUGCUCCAUCUUCAAGUCAAGCUGAAGAUGAGGCAGAAUCUGAGGAUGAGGAUGAAGAUAAUAAUAAAGAUGAGGCCUUGGGUGAUGAGGUUGGGGAGGCGCCUAGGGAAGUUGUUAAAGGGAUAUUAUCAUCCGACCUCCUUUUAGCUGAAAGAAGUCUUGACAAAACGCUUGCAGAGAUUGAUGCCGAGCUUGAAGCAGAAAAGAUUGCCGAGGAGGUUCCACCGGAAUCAUCCGAGGUCCCAGUGAAUCCAGCUGUUAAUGCUGAAGAAUCCUGA